AACGUAUAAACUAUAAAUACCCCAAAUUUGACCACCACAAGAAACCCCGAUCGCCGGUAACAAAUCCUAACUUCCCUGGAAAUUUCGUAUUCCAUUUAGCCUUCUCUUCGCCGGCUCCCAAGUGCCGAAACAAAUCUCAACCACAUAUUGGUACUUUCUUCACGAAUUUGCAUUUAUUCUGCCCGCUCGCCGGCUAUCCUGCCGUUAUCCGUUACCGAAUCGUCGCCGGCGUGCGGUCAUUGGGAAAUACUGAAUUUCCUUUCCCGUCGGAGCUCCGGCUUUGCAUUCUGGAGCAUCUGCAGGGGAAAUGGAUUGGAAAAAUUUGUUAAAGGUAGUUAUAUUGAUGUGCUUAUUUUCGCUCUCACCUGGAAGAGAACUUAAUGUCAGGGCGAAGCUCAAAUCUGAUUUGGCAGUUUAUAAUCACACACUUGCCACAAUCUUGGUAGAAUAUGCUGCAGCUGUCUAUAUGACUGAUACCUUUGAACUAUUUACUUGGACGUGCUCAAUUUGUGAUGAUUUGACCAGGGGAUUUGAAAUGAUUGAGCUGAUUGUUGAUGUCCAGUAUUGUCUGCAGGCAUUUGUUGGAGUGGAUCCUAAUAUUAAAGCUAUUGUUGUUGCAUUCAGAGGCAGUACAACCAGCAUAAUGAACUGGGUUGAAGAUCUAUACUGGAAGCAGCUUGAUUUUGAUUAUCCUGGAAUGGAUGGUGCAAUGGUGCAUCAUGGAUUUUAUAAUUGUUAUAAUGCUUCAACUAUACGUUCUUCGGCAUUAAAUGCUGUUAAAGAAGCCAAAAUGUUUUAUGGAGAUUAUCAGAUUAUGGUGACAGGGCAUUCAAUGGGAGGGGCAUUGGCUGCUUUUUUUGCACUGGAUCUCACUGUCAAUUUUGGUGCUGAAGAAAUUCAGGUUAUGACAUUUGGACAGCCUAGAAUGGGCAAUGCAGCUUUUGCAACCGGCUAUAGCGAGCGUGUGCCGAACACCAUCCGUGUGACACAUGGUCAUGAUAUUGUGCCUCAUUUGCCCCCUUAUUUUAGUCUUUUCCCUUCAAAGACAUACCAUCAUUUCCCAAGAGAGGUUUGGCUUUAUAACAUUGGUUUGGGAAGUCUAGUUUAUACAGUAGAGAAGGUUUGUGAUGGUUCUGGGGAAGACCCAACUUGCAGCAGGUCAGUGACUGGAAACAGCAUUUCAGAUCAUCUAACAUACUAUGGCAUUCGACUAGGAAACGAGGAAUCAGUUUCAUGCAGCAUUGUCUUGGACCCUCGUGUUUCCAGUUACGCAACACAAUAUGUUAACGGGAAUGUGAUUUUAUCCCGAGAUCUGUAUGCUUCAGUCCUAAGAAUUAAUUCAGAUCAUACUGAUCAGAUCAAACCUUUGUGAUAUUUAUAUUAUUAGAUCGAUUUUUUGUCCAACUCCCUGAAUUUCUCUAUUGGGUGGGGAGUAUAUGUAAUCAUGUAAAUAGUGUAAAUUUAUUGUCUAUUCAACCACGCAAAAUAGAAUACUGACUUUAGCUGUACUUUGGAACAUUCUUUAGUCGUCCGGGUUGGAUUACUGUAUCUUCUUCCAUGUUUUAUGGUAAUCUAAAGAUGCCAUUGAUUCUGAUGAUCA